AUGGACUUUUUUCCUGCUCAUCGUAUUCGCGUUGCUAUUUCAAAUGGUAUGUUUCCAACAUAUUGGCCAUCUCCCUUUGCUAUGAACACAUCACUCUUUCUUAAUCCAUCAACUACUUUUAUUGACUUGCCUGUUAUUCCUCCUAUGUCAUCGACAUCAUCACCACCAUUGUUCACUCAACAACAAGUUCCACCUGGCGAUAUUCUAUCGGAAUCAUUUUCGGGCGGUAAACCUAGAGUCUAUCAAAAGCAUGAAACAAAUCUAUCUACACCAAUUAGUUUUGAACGACUUAGUUAUGAACUUUUACCUAAGAAUAUAUUCAUAUCGACUCUACUUGCGUGGAACUUUACUUGUUCUCACUUAGAUCCUGCUGAUGUGCAAUGGAAAGCACAAGCACGACAAUUCUAUGUCUAUAAUAUGCAUAAUUAUGUAUCGGUCAAUGAUAUACCUAUAAAAGAUGAUGAUAAAGGACUCUAUCCAAAUGUUGAUCUAUCAAAAAGACAACAUUUUGAGGUUCAUGUUAACUUGACUAUUUACUCUGAUAAAGAAUAUUUUUAUAUUUAUUUUAAUCGUCAACUUUUUAAAUUAAGUGGAAUGGAAGAUGAACUUCCAAUAACUUUUACAUUCAAUAGCAAACACAAAAGACAAUUUCAAUAA